UGAUUAAUUUGAAGUAGCAUUAGUCUACAAGAAAAUCAAAGAGAAAAUGAAAAAAUUUAAGUGGAAAUCCCACUAAGUGCUCGCAAUGAUAGUUUUUUCACAGAGAGAAAAAGACACUCACGCACGCAUUCCUUCCAACUCAUUCAAAGCACAAAAUUUUGGGGAAAAUCGCAAGAAAAGAAUACAAUUUUUGCACCCAAAAUUUCUUCAAAUUUCUUCUAUGUAUAGAUUCCGAGAGAUGGUAGAAUUCGAGGGCGCUCCGUCGUCGAAGCAGCAGCAGCCGCCGCCGCCGCCGAUUUCCGACAUGUUCCAGAAGUUCGCCCUCGCUUUCAAGACCAAAACCUACGAGCUCUUCGCCGAAGAAGACGACUACGCCGCCGUCGACUCCGAUUGCGACGUCACCCUCCUCCUCGACUCGGCAGAGGAAUUCAUCCCUCACCAGAAGGUCGUCGUCAUCAAACCGGACUCGGGUUCGGGCCCGGAUAAUUCGGAUGCGGGCUUGAUUCGGGCUUUAAUACCCUCUCUUUUCGCCACUCUCUCAUCGUUUGAAGCUUCGUAUUUGCAAUUUCAAGCGGCGCACGUGCCGGAAAUCGACCGGGGCGCCCUCGAGCAGGCUGAUAAGUCGUUAGUUUCAAUUCUGCAGAAAUUGACUGAGAUGAGGAAUUUGUACAGGGAAUCGAAGAGAAAGGGGCCGGGGUUGAGCGGAGGUUUCGACUUCCCCGCGGCGUCGUUCUGGGAGUUUCAGGUGCAGGAGAAUCAGAGCAAGCUCAGGGUUUUGGAGACGAUGGUGAAUACGCAGCAGUCGCAGAUUGACGUCAAGGAUGACGAAGCAAUCGAAUUGAGGAAGAAAUUGGAUAGAAUUAGGGCUGCAAAUUGCGAAUUGAUGCGGAAAUUGGGUUUGAAAGAGGGAAGUGCGGGUUUGGGGCUGGAGGUCAUGCUUACAAUUAGGGUUUUUGAGGCAAUGCUGCGUGAUUCAGUGAAAUCCAUGCGAUGUUUCGUGAAAUUGUUGAUUGAUCUGAUGCGAAGAGCAGGGUGGGAUUUGGAGGAAGCUGCCAAUUCUGUUUAUUCAGGUAUGAAUUACACGAGAAAGGGCCAUUUCCGGUAUGCAUUCCUCUCCUACGUUUGCCUAGGAAUGUUUCAGAAUUUCGACAAAAUUGAUUUCGGAUUAUGCGAUUCUGAGAUGAUCUGCAACGGCAAUGGCUCUAAACAAAUCGAAAAUGGUGUGAGCGAUGGUGGCGACAGCAUUGAUUAUCUGAGGCAGCUGAUCGAGCACGUCUCCAUCAACCCUAUGGAGAUGCUGAGCAAGAAUCCAAACUGCGAGUUCUCGCGUUUCUGUGGGAGCAAGUAUGAGGAGCUCAUUCAUCCAACAAUGGAGUCUUCCAUCUUCAGCAACCUAGAUAGGAAGGAUAAGGUGUUGGAUUCUUGGAAGUCGUUGAGUGUCUUCUACGAGUCGUUUGUUAGGGCAGCGAGCUCGAUAUGGCUGCUUCACAAGCUGGCGUAUUCGUUCAAGCCCGUGGUGGAGAUAUUUCAGGUGGAGAGGGGGGCUGAGUUCUCCAUGGUGUACAUGGAGGAUGUUUUGGGGAGAUGUAGUUUGCCCGGGAAAGCCGGGCGCCCCCGGCCCCGUGUAGGGUUCACGGUGGUGCCCGGUUUCAAGGUCGGGAGAAGUGUUGUGCAGUCGCAGGUUUAUCUCACUUCACUUGAAUUGAAACAUGUUGAGUAAUCAAGAUUUGUUGUGAUGCUAUUGCUGUGCAUAUUUUGUGUUAAAAGAGGUUUUGGUUUUUGCUGGGAAUACUUGUAUAAAGAAGAAGAUAUACUACUACAUGUUUUCUCCUUUUGCUUUUGUGUUGUUUUUCAAUAGGAAUGAAAUUGUAUUUAGCUCUCAAUGUUAUUCAAUUUCAAUCUGCAGUUGGUCACUUGACUACUGAAA